UCAUACGCCACUUGCCCUCCUCGCAAGCAGCCGAGCUCCCCCGCCCCCCAAUCCUUCCUCGGUGCUGCGGCGCAACCGCAGCUGUGAAAUUGAGUUCGAAUUCCGACCGGCUCCCAUGGAGCGGAGUGUGCAGGUGUGAGUUUCACUCCUUGUAUGGAUCCAGAUGUUCUCGUGGAGCCGUAAGCAAUCCUCCUCCUUGGGCCGCCGCGGCGGCGCGGACGCCUCCAUGGACUCCAGCAGCCGCAGCGGCGGCGGCAGCGGCAGCGGGAGCCGCGGACGGAGCCCGCGGCUGGAUCGCCGCAACGCGGCGAAGCACAUCGACUACGAGGUAGGGACGGGGGCGUCUUCGUCGGCGGGCGCGUCGUGGUCGUCCUCGUCGUCGAUGGAGCAGCAGCGGUCGCUGGGGCUCCGCCCGUCUCGCUCGCUCGACCUGGCCCCCGGGCCUCCCGGAGCCGACUUCCGCAUCAGCGGGAGCGCCGAGGGGGAGGUCGACGAGCUCUGCCGCAGCCUGGGGCUCUCGGGGCCCGAGGAGUUCGCCAUCCCCGUCGCCGCCUGGGAGGCGCGCAAGGCGCGCUCCAACUCCGACCUCCUCCCGCGCUCCCGCCUAGUCCCGUCCCCUCCUGCCGACGAACUCUCGCCUGUCGCCCGCUCGGUCUCCGCGUCCGAGGUCCAGCCGCCUCUCUCCGUCCCUGCCCCCAUUCCUGAGGAGUCCCUCCACUCUUCGUCCACUUCCACCGCCACCGAUUCGGCGGAGGAGCCCUCUGUUGCGGGGCCCGAGAACUUCGCAAUCCCCGUCGCCGCCUGGGAGGCGCGCUCCUCCGACCUCCCGCGCUCCCGCCUAGUCCCGUCCCCUCCUGCCGACGAACUCUCGCCCGUUGCCCGCUCGGUCUCCGCGCCCGAGGUCCAGCCGCCACUCUCCGUCCCUGCCCCCAUUCCUGAGGAGUCCUUCCACUCUUCGUCCACUUCCACCGCCACCGACUCGGCGGAGGAGCCCUCUGUUGCGGCGCCCGAGAAAUCCCCCAAGGCUGCCCCAGCCGUUGCUGUUGUGGCUCCCAUCGCGGGCUUGCCCCUCCCCUCGCCAAGGAGAAGAAGAGGGGAGGUCGGGAUACGGGGCGCCCGGCCACCCGUGCUCUCCCCGCCUCCACCAAUCACGGCACUCGCGUCGCCGCCGGUGAGGAGGUCCUUUGUUGCUGAUGACGUGACUAGGUCGGCUUGGGACAUUGUGCAGUCGUUUGCUCCCAGGGAAGAGAGAAGUGAACUGGGAGGGGCUCAUGAACGUGUGGACACUGGUCACAUGUCGGACACAGAGGAAGAGGACGAGGUUGAGGAUGGGGUGGCAGCGGUGGAGAGGGAGCUGAAAGAGUUGAGAAUAGAAGAGACCUUCGAAGGGUUCACCGGAACAUCUUCAUUGUCGACAACGAACGAUGACGAUGCAUCCAGUACAACUACGGAGGCUAUGUUCAUCAUCUCACCGAAUGGGAAGUUCAAGCGGAAUAUUAAGUCAUGGAUGCGUGGUGUUCUUCUGGGAAGCGGCUCAUUCGGGAUGGUGUACGAGGGGAUCAGUGAUGAGGGUGCGUUUUUUGCUGUGAAGGAAGUAUCUUUGCUUGACCAAGGAAACAAUGCGCAACAAUCUAUUCUUGCACUUGAACAGGAAAUUGCACUCCUAAGUCAGUUUGAACAUGAAAAUAUAGUCCAGUAUUAUGGAACUGACAAGGAAGAAUCUAAACUCUAUAUUUUUAUUGAGCUUGUUACACAAGGUUCUCUUUCAUCCCUCUAUCAAAAGUAUAAACUACGAGAAUCGCAAGUCUCUGCAUACACAAGGCAGAUCCUUAAUGGAUUGGUUUACCUUCAUGAGCGAAAUGUGGUCCACAGAGAUAUCAAAUGCGCCAAUAUAUUGGUUCAUGCAAAUGGAUCUGUAAAGCUUGCAGAUUUUGGAUUGGCAAAGGAGAUGUCAAAAAUUAAUAUGCUAAGAUCAUGCAAAGGAAGUGUUUACUGGAUGGCACCUGAGGUUAUUAAUCCUAAAAAAAUGUAUGGUCCUUCAGCUGAUAUAUGGAGCCUUGGCUGCACUGUGUUGGAAAUGCUAACCCGUCAAGUACCGUUUCCUAAUGUGGAGUGGACAAAUGCUUUCUUCAUGAUUGGAAGAGGGGAACAACCUCCUAUUCCCAGCUACCUGUCAAAAGAAGCUCAAGAUUUCAUUGGCCAGUGUGUAAGAGUUGAUCCAGAGAAACGGCCUUCUGCAUCACAACUUUUGGAGCACCCAUUUGUGAACAGGCCGCUGCGAGCUUCAUUCGAAUCUUCAUCUCCCCCUGCCAAUGAUCGGGUCAGGUACUGAUCUUCAUGAUCUCUACUCCUGGUGCCAGAAAGAAAUUUCGUGGACUUGUUUAGGAUAGAGAUUAGCACGUGUAGUUAGUAGGGUUGGCGAGCUUUCAUCAUUGGCUGUGUUUUAUUGGAUUCUUUGGGUAAUCUUCAUUAGGCAAAGGGUUUUUUUCUUGAGGACAUUCAGUAGAUUUUUGUACACUUGGUAGGUAAAAGGGGUUGGAAUUGCCUGUGAUAGAAUGAUGCAGCGUUAGCCGAUGUUUGUAAAUGUUUGACAUAAUUAUUCUUUACUCCAUGGUUUGUUGCUUGAAAAGCAACUUGGAGCAUUGACUUGCCUGGUGUUAUUGUUUUUCUUCAUAGGAGAAACUUUCUUUUCUGAUGUUAUUAUCCAUGUAAAUCUAUUUUCCAUAUAUAUCAUUUGCUGCUUACA